AUGAACAACAUUGCCUUUCAGGUGGCCUCCUCUUUCCCUCCACCCUCAUGGCCUACUCUAAUCCAAUACAACUUUGACACCAAUCAAUCCUCCACGACUUGUUUCUCACCAGAGGGUGGGGGCUAUGGAAACUACCACUCAAACAGCCUGACAUACUUCAUGGUCAUCCAAGGAAUCCAUGAAGAGGUUUCAGAGAUCGCUGUGGUCUCAUAUCACAUCCCAAGCAACACGACCAAGGAGUUCCACUUUGACUUGCCAUUCUUGAGCAAUGGUACCUACUCCAUUUCUUAUGGAACGUAUUACAACUCCAAAUUCUACAUCGAAUUCGUCCCAGACAGCAUCAACAUUGCCACUUUGAUCUACCAGAUCGAUAUGAUCAAGAAUGAGACACAGUUGCUGUUUGCUGUUCCACACGACCCAGGUACAGUUGAUACCAACACCAUUUAUGUUGACAUCCCGCACAACAGUCUGGUCUUCGUUGGACAACGUCUUUACAUUGGUCCACAACUCGAUAUUUAUGUGAUGGAUCUCACCACCCUCGAGUAUGCCAACCGCCAAGUUGAAUUCUACUUCGAGUUGGUGAACGCUGACAUCUUCACCGUGGAAUGA